UCCAGCAGUUCUUAUCAGCGACUGCUUGGUUCGGCUGAUCCACCAGGCAGCUCGGGGUAGACUCAAGCGGAGAGGAGAGAGAAUAUAAUAUGUCAGGAUUUUGUUACCAGGAAGUGGGGCGAGUUAUUUAUAUUUCAACACUCAUCCUCUCGUACCCGAGGGAGAACCAGUGCUAGUAACCUGAAACUAUAUUCAAACAUUGUCUGGUUCUGGAUGCAACGAACUGAUGAACAAUUAGCUUUCUGCUUAGAAACUCUGCGGACCCUGAGAAGAGAAUCUGUAAAUGUUAAUAAUGUAAGGACUGUGUGGAAGGGUAAAGUGACCCUGUGAGGGAUUUAACAUUGGCAGAGGUGGUGGGAUGAAGCUCCAUGAGAAGAUUCUGACCCAUUACCUUUCAUGCACCUCUCCGGUAGAUAAAGAAGGAUACCUUUUCAAAAAGAAAGAGAGAAAUGCCACCUACCAGCGGCGGUGGUUUGUCCUGAAGGCCAACCUGCUCUUCUACCAGGAUCGCCCCGCUGACAGACACCUGCUGGGGGUCAUUGUGCUGGAGGGCUGUGCGGUCCGGCGCUCUGAGUCUGAAGGACAGUUUGCCUUUUCCCUGGUGUUUGAAGGGCCCGGACUGAAAACAUACAGGUUUGCAGCCGGGGACGGUCAGACUCAGGAGAGCUGGGUGAAAGCUUUGCUCUCAGCCAGCCACUGCUACCUCUCCCUGCUGGUGAGAGACCUGGGGAGGCAGUAUGAAGAAGCUAAACAGCAGCAAGGCUCCGGUGCGUCUCGUCACAGUUCCUCUCUCAGUGCCCUCACACAGCCCACUCACUUCCUGCCUGUGCAGGGCCGAGCAACAGUGGUCCGGGAGGGGAGAAGCUACAGCGCCUGCCCUGUUUUACAAACACAGUCAACACCACCCAAAGUGGUGGCUAAAAAGUCCCCUAAGCUGUGGCCCAGGAGAAAUGCUCACGUUACACCGCUUAAUGGACCGGCACCUUUGUACGGGGAAUGGCCUUUGGUUGGGUUUGAUCCACUGGAGGACUUCAGCAAACUUCAUGAUUAUUAUGGCCAAGAAGUGAAGAAAGCAAGAGAGGAAUGGCUGCGGAGUCGACGAGCAGAAGAUGACUGCAUCGAUGGACACCUCAUCGAUCUUGGGUGAAAGAAAAACCUGAGGGUUACAGACCAUGUAAGAGGAAGCGAGAUGGAGUGAUUCAUGUGUGUCAAGAGGAACUGAACCUGAAGGGUUGUGGGUUCGUCUGUAUUUAGGAACAUAAGAGACGAAGGCCCUGACACAAGCUGUACAUGUGCUAAAUGUUCCCAAGGAUGAGCUUUGUAUUUUAGAUAUGUUUUUAUAGAAGUUGUUCAUUUUCCUGAGCCAAGACGGCCUUCAGGUGACCAUGGGAUGCAACAGAGAACAAGCUAAGGAAUCUGCACCAGAGGGUGAGAACCAGGAGCUGCUGGUGUCUGCACAUCUGCACCUUUUGGACAUGAAGCAGGGUCUUUUACUGCAGCACCUUGAAUGACAUUAAUGCAUUUCACAAUGUCUCUGUUUUAUUUAAGUGAUUAAUCCGCAACAGUGUAACAGUCAGCGAACAGGAGCUUGAUGGAGUAUUAUUACCACUUAAGAUUUUCAUACUUUGACAUGUCAAAAUGUCUUCCACGCAAACGCCCUUUCCUUGUUUGUUCUCAUGGACUUCCUGAUAAAAGGGACCUACACACCUGUUGCUGACUACAUAUUCAUAUACUGUAUAUGUGGUACAAAUGAUGAGUAUUAGUAUUAAGCAAAGAGUAUUAUACAUGUAUCAUUGCACUUAAAAACUAAAUUGAUCUGUCAACCUGUAGGAUCUAUGAGUCAAACAGAGAACAAGACUUUCAUAUAGGCCUAGUUCAAAUCAGCAAGUUACUUUUAAAGGUCUCAUGACCUCAUUUCUACUGAUCAUAAUUCCAUUGUUGAGGUCUACUAGAAUAGAUUUACAUUGUUCAAUGUUCCAAACUCAC